CGACUCCAAUUUUUUUAACGAUGAAAUUUCCAAAAAAAAAGAUUUUUAUUGAUUCAUGCGAUAGAAUGAUAUACAAAGAUAUAGUUGAAGUAUUUUCCAAGAAUAGAAUGUUUAUUCAAAAAGCCAAAUGGGUUCAAAAUGGAGUCAUUUGGCAUCCAUGCCACUGUUAAAUUCACCAGUGCUACGAAAACAAUUGCGUAGGUCCAUUGUUACAUUGGUACAUUAUUACUGUGACUGUGUGAAUCAAGAGUUUUGUUUGUUCGGAGAUACUGCAAAAUGGAAACCAAUCAAGCUGUAGAAGAUUGUAUGAUGUGCAUGCGAGUCGAUAAAACUCAACAAUAUAAUGAAAGAGAGGAGAUUUUUCAGUAUGACACCAAGAGAUCUAUUUUCGAUAUUGAAAUACCUCGAAAACGCAAAAUGGCGGACUCGUUAAAACCGGCCGCUGUUCCUACCUUAGCCGAAUUCCUCGCAUGUCACGAUGGUUUUCAUUUGACGAAAAAUAUUCUGUUAUGGAAGGAGAUCCAAUGUGUGGUUGUUGAUGAGUGGGAUGCGAUGACGGAUGAUGAUGGUGAUGACGAUGAAGACUGUAAACUAGUGAUCGAUGAAGGAAUGGAAAACGAACUAGUAAUGAAUGAAAACGAUGCCGUUAUUGACUAUCAAAUGCGCUCUAUCGACGGUUCCCUGAAUGUGAAGGACAGUAUAGAUCUUAGUUCAAAACCAGAGGAAUAUAGCAUUUUGAUUGACGAUCAGUUCUACGAAUUAUUUGAUAUGUGAUCUCAAAGUUUAUGUAACGUGUAUGUGGUUCAUAAGUUUGUAUUAAAAUAUUCUGUAUGUACCAUAGGAUUUCAAUUGUAUCAAAUUUUCAAGUGUAUAUAACGAUGUAAUAAAAUACUGAGAUAAUUCAAAUAGA